UGCAACCCGGAUCCUUCUUUUUGUUUUAUUUUUUUUUUGGGGCUACCCCUAAAAACCAAAGCGGGAAAAGAAAAGCCCUAUAAAGCGGGAGUGACAGCGAUACAGAGACCAAGAGAUGGCGCCAGUACUGCAAACCUCUCAGCCAUGGGUGGAGAAAUAUCGGCCGAAGCAAGUGAAAGAUGUAGCACACCAGGAAGAGGUUGUUCGGGUCCUCACCAACACCCUCGAGACCACUAACUGUCCUCACAUGCUCUUCUAUGGUCCGCCUGGUACCGGCAAAACCACUACUGCUCUUGCCAUUGCCCACGAGCUUUUUGGACCUGAAUUAUACAAGUCUAGAGUGUUGGAGCUUAAUGCAAGUGAUGAUCGUGGUAUCAAUGUUGUUCGGACCAAAAUAAAAGAUUUUGCCGCUAUUGCUGUGGGUUCUGCUCAACAUAAAGGGGGUUACCCAUGUCCACCAUAUAAGAUUAUUAUUCUUGACGAGGCUGAUUCAAUGACGGAAGAUGCUCAGAAUGCACUGAGACGUACGAUGGAAACUUACUCCAAAGUCACAAGAUUCUUUUUUAUAUGUAAUUACAUCAGCAGGAUCAUAGAGCCACUUGCUUCUAGGUGUGCAAAGUUCAGGUUUAAGCCACUUUCAGAUGAAAUCAUGAGCAACCGCAUAUUGCACAUUUGCAAUGAAGAAGGCCUCAAUCUGGAUGAACAGGCUCUUUCAACUCUGAGCUCAAUUUCACAAGGUGAUCUUCGUCGGGCUAUUACAUACUUGCAGUCAGCUGCUCGCUUAUUUGGAUCUUCUAUUUCAUCAGAGGACCUGAUUGGUGUUUCCGGGGUCAUCCCACAGGAGGUUGUUGAGGCACUUUUUUCGGCUUGCAAAGGGGGCAACUUUGAUUUGGCAAACAAGGAAGUCAAUAACAUAAUUGCAGAGGGCUAUCCUGUCGCUCAGAUGCUUUCACAGUUAUUUGAGAUGAUUGUUGAAGCAGAUGACGUAUCAGAUGAACAGAAGGCUAGAAUUUGCAAGAAAUUGGCUGAAGCAGAUAAGUGUCUUGUUGACGGUGCUGAUGAGUACUUGCAGUUGCUUGACGUGACCAGCAAUACAAUGCGUGCUCUUUGCAACAUGCCACAAGAAUUCUCUUAUGAUUGAUUGUUGGUUUGGGAACCGACUUCUGGUAGCAAGUUGUUCAGCAUUUGUAUUUCAAACUUGAAAACAAUUCAACGCUGACGCAGCCAAAAUGUGAACCUUGAGCUCAAUUGGUACCUUUAAAAUACUUGUGGAACUAUUCUAGGACUUCAACGAGCUAACCUAAUCUUGCUUGCCUCUAUGCAUACAUGUAUGUUUGUGGGGCAUGAAUUGUAACAUUUUCUGUUUGAUAUGCUUCCAGCUUUGAUUAUUACGCCCAUAUAUAAUCUAAAGAUGUAUAUUAUAUGUUA